AGUAAAUUAAGUUCACAAGUACUUAUUAAAUGAAAUUCGCAUUAACAGCAGUGGUUACGCUUAUAAAUUCUGCAUUAAUAAAGUUGAUCGUAUUCUCAAACUUUCUGAGGAAAUUCUGGGAAAAGUGGAUGUGUUGAAAUCUGAAAGACUAGAGUUGGCGGACUAUUAUCGAAAGAGAGCGGCGUGGUUGCGCAUAUUAUAUGAUAAAUUUAUUACACCGGUGAAGUCAACAAAGAAGCGUCCAUUAAUUACAACAGCUAAAAAAUAUCCAGUUUGUUCUGGGGAUCUGGGUUAGAAUAGGUCCUCAGUAUCCCUUGCUUGUCGUAAGAGGCGACUAAAUAGGGCGGUCCUUCGGAUGAAUCCUAAACAGUUAACGAUAGCGGAACGUUUCCGGUUCCAUAAAAGGGACCAAAAGCCCGGAGAAAGUGUACUAUAAUACAUUGCUGAACUAAGAAACUUAGCGAUUCAUUGAAGAGACGCUUGAUGAUUCACUGCGUGGUAGAUUUGUUUCAGGGCUGUGUGCUGAAAAUUAUUCAUAAAAUCUUGCUGUCAAAAGAGGAACUUGCCCUCGAUAAAGCCUGUAAAAUUGCUGUAGUCAUGGAAACUGCAGCGACGGACGCUGUGGAACUUCAAAGACAGCGAGGCCAUUCAUCAGUCAACAAAAUACACAUUAAUUCGAAACUGUCCAUGGGCCCAAAGAAACAUACAAAAGUAAAAACAAAAUGGUGCUCCUUGUUUUCGAUGUGAGUGUGACCAGUGCAAAAAGAUAAACACUGUCUGUCAUUUUUGCUCGAUCAAAGGACACAUUAAAAGAGCUUGAAUGAAAAAGCGAAGAAACAAACGUGAUAGUUACAAAAAAAAUCUAACAGUCAAAGGGGAAAAGGAUUACACAGGUUACAACAAGAAUCAUACUCUGAUGAAUCGGAGGAAUUAAUUUAACAUAUCAACAUUAACAACCUCCAAGAAAAAUACUCAAAACCAAUCAUUGCGAAACCAACUAUAUCUGGAAAAUGCUUACACAUGGAACUUGACACUGAUUAGGCACUGUCUAUCAAUCUGAGAAGGAUUAUACGUUAAUUUCUAAGAAUACUGACACAAAACUCGAGCCAUGUGGUCAUAAAUCUUCAGGAGAAGAUGACCCUUAUUGAUUUUGAGGUCACGUGGUCAAGAGUCAAACUGGACAGGAAUAUACUGUCUACUCAAUAUCUUGAGAACCCUUUGCUUGACAGGCAUCAAACUUGGCACACUGGUACAUCUUCAGGAGAAGAUGACCCCUAUUGAUUUUGAGGUCAGAUGGUCAAAAGUCAAGGGUCAAACUGUACAUAGGAAUAUACUGUCCGCUCAAGAUCUUGAGAACCAUUUGCUUGACAGACAUCAAACUUGGUACACUGGUAUCUUCAGGAGAAGAUGACCCCUAUUGAUUUUGAGGUCACAUGGUCAAAGGUCAAGGAUUAAACUGGACAUAGUAAUAUAUUGUCUCCUAUGUUUUAAGAAUUAUUUGCUUGAUUGACACCAAACUUGGUACACUGGUACAGCAGAAGAAGUAGAUGUCCCCUAUUGAGUUUUAGGUCACAUGGUCAAUCAACUCCUGACAUAACAAGAUAUUGUCUGCUCAAUAUUUGGAAUUGGUUAUACUACUAUCAAUUAAAUGAUGCAUGCAGGAAUCUUGCUGAAACUUGAAGUUUCCUAGCGGAAACUUGGCAGAAACCUUAUGUAUACCUAAGUUUCCGCAAUGUUUCCGCAGUGUUUCAGCCUUGCGGAAACUGCAUUUUACAUCAUGUGAUGUGUAUAAUCCUUUUCAAAUUUGCACCAUGGGGGGCAUACAUGUAUAUGUUUUACAAACAUCUUUUGUUAUUUAAUAUCAGACUUGAGUGAAGCGAUAACAAUGACUUGAACUGGGGGACAAGUAGUAAAUUAACAAAGCAUUUUCAGGUAUAAACUGACUCAAGAUCUCCCUAAGAUUUUAUGUCCGCUAAAAGAUCAAGUGCUAGACCCCCUUUCCACAAAUUCCUGGACCCGCCUAUAUAUUUACAUGUAGUACGACCUGUGUCACAGGAAAUGAAUACAUCGGAACAAGACCGUUAACCCCUGUCGGUGUUUUUCAUUCUCGAGAAAUAAAAAUCUAAUAGGUUUUAAAUGCUAAUAAUAUAAUAAAAGAUUGAUUGAGUGAAUAAACAGUGCUGGGUGUGUCUAUGAGGUUGAAUAAAACUGGGUUUAUAACAUGCUUCAAUCUUAUGAGGUUAUUCGUAGAAUUCAUACACUAAGAAUCCUUGUUCAGAAAGUUUUUGUACUACUUGCACAAUUAAUCCAUCAUAACUAGCAUCCAGAUCAAAAGACCCAUUAAUGCAAUAUUGCGUUAAAAUCUGACAAUUAUUGAUGAUAAGUUUUUAAUGCGAUUAAAAAUGAACAAGUCAUUGUUAUAUGCAUAUCAAAGAUAUCCAUUGGACCAAAAUCAUAGCCAGAUCAUAUAAAUAUGAAAUCCAAUUGAGCUUACAAUCAUUAUUCAAUCUAUAGAAUAAUCAAGAGAAAAUAUGGCCACACGCCCGAAGACAUUAGCGUUCCUUGUAGCGUGUGUCUUUAAGUUUGUUUGCAUUAAUGGCGAACUUAGACUCGCAUCAUUCAACAGGAUCUACAGUAACCCAUCCAAUGAUUUGUCGAAAUAUUACAGAGCAGUGGCGACAGGCUCUCUAGUACCCAGAUCAAGUAGAUCAUUUGUACCUUCACCAUCGUGGACAUUUCAGCAACGAAGGAAUUAUGUUGGGAUUAGUCCAAGGAUUUCAGGAUAUAUGAGGAAUGACUGGUCUUCUACUAACAGUGUUAACAGAAAUCCACCAUUUCAGUUUCAGAACACCAGAUCGAGAUUGAGGACAAAUAUCGUUCUUGACAAAAUGCGCCGAAAUGGUAAAACCAGUAAAGAAGUUAUUGAUAACAGAGUGAAACGCACACAACAAAGCAGCAGACAAAAGCAGACUGCUUCUAUCGCAAUAAAAUGGAGGCGAAUUCAAACCAUGCUUAAAUCUAUGUCACCUAGUAAGAGACAUGCCCUUCUCGCCCGUUUUAAAGGCGCUCCUCGAAAGACAACCUCAAAAGAAAAAUGGCGUACAAUUUCAAAUUCAAAAGAAGUAAUGAAUCAAAAGAGAACUUUGCUCAGGAAAUUAGCUGUUCCGGUUGAGAAAUUAGCUGUUCCGGUUGAACUGAGUUCUAAGUCUCAUGAUCGGUAUUUGGAAAGGAGCAAGGCCGGGAAGAAAAAGACUUCGGCAGAGAAACCUUUUGAAUUAAAACAUCAAAAGCUUUCUCAUGUUAGCGAUAGAAAAAAUCAACAAAAAAUACUAUUUCUUCAAGGCUUCAACAAAUUUCUGCGACAGCGACUUGCUUCCAGACAAACCCAUUCUUUCAAGCAAUCUAAGAAAUCUCCUAAAGGAAACAAAAAGACAAGCCAGGAACAAAUAGACAAUGGUGUUAAUCUCGUGACGAAAUCGCGCAUCAAAUUACACCACAAUCAGACCCCCAACAGACCAACGCAAUCACUUAGGAAAAUUCUACCAAUCCUAAAACGACAUCAAUUGCAGUUUCAAAAACUAAAAUCUUAUAUUCCACCCGAUAGUGUCGGCACGAUGCAUGCAUCGAAUGUUAAUGGACGUGUAAAUGUAAAGCAGACAUCCUCAAAGCAGCCGCUAUUUGUGAAUUUCAAGCCAUCUAGUGGUGUAGUUACUUCUAUUUCAUCACGCAAAAGUGACAAAAAUACUAGCAAGGAAAAUAAGAGCGGAGAACAAAUAAUGUGGGUAAAUCCUUAAAAUAAUAUAUAUAUAUAUAUACAAAGCACUAAAAUCUAAGAACACUCAACAUCCAAAGUGUCGGAUCUAAUAGUAGAUACGAGGUCAAAUAAAUAAGGAUAUAAAAGCUUAAAAAUAACCAACGACACGAACAACAGUGAAUUGUCAAAUUUUCGGUACAACCUGUCCCUUCCUCAGGACGAUAGAAUAUUUACAUAGAAAAUAUAUUGACAAUUCACUGGUGUCGUUGGUCAUUUUUAGUGAUAUAUAUAUAUAUAUAUAUAUAUAUAUAUAUAUAUAUAUAUAUAUAUAUAUCCAAUAAUAAAAGUCAAGAAACACAAAACUCGAAUAACAUUUCACUGUUAGCGCUUUCGGCUUUAAUGCCUCUUCAGACAGUUAUAAAACACACACACACACACACACACAUAUUCCAUACACUUUUACAAUUGAUAUUAAUUUAGAUAUGAUAUUUGUUACCGUUACAGUCCUCAAAUUGGUUAGUGUUAAUGAAAUAUUGACAUAAAAUACACUUUUUAGCACCACACGGCUCGCCUAAAUUUUCUUUCUUCUUUUCUAAAAAUAGAUUAAAUGUGUUUCUUAUGUACCAGAAUGUCUUUUAUAUUUUUGUCUCACUUAAAAGUCACUAUGGGCAUAUCUCUAAAAGCAUUUUAUAAGGCGGUCUGCAAUUUUUGAGUUGGUUUUUUUGUUGUUGUUGUUGUUUUUUUUUUUUUAAUCUUAUGAAUAUUGGGAAGUCCUUUAGAAUAGUUCACCGCAAAAGGAACACGGUUACCCUGGUUCGCCUUUCUUCUAUAGUAUAUAUAUAUAUAUAUAUAUAUAUAUAUAUAUAUAUAUAUAUAUACAUGUAUAUAUAUAUGAUUUGUUGUAAUAACGUAUAUGUUGUGAUGAUUUUGAAAUAUACAUCAUGUAAUGUGUUAUAUUUUAUAUCGCUUAUUGAUUUUCUUCUCAAUUUCAUAAUUUCCCUAAAACAUAGUUUUCAAACAUCAAUGGGUACACCAGCGUUCAUGUAGUUACAAUUAAAAACUGUUAAAGCCAAAAAACCACUUAUGUUAUACUUCAAUUUUUAUUUACAAUUUCAAGGCAACAUUUUUAUCAGAUCUUGUUCGUAGAAUCGUGACAUUUUUAGUGUUGUCUUUGCAAUAAAUCACAUUUCUUGCCAACUCGUCGGAAUUCAGGUUAAGGGUUGCCACGCUACAAAGUUCACAUGAAUCAUGUAGCCUAAUGAGCUUUUCAACAAUUUUCCAUUAUAAUAUUUCGUACAUAAAUCAAUAUUUGAUAUGCAUUCUCAUAAUUAACAUGACGCGGGGUCUUGUUAUUCUGUCACUAACAUUCAUUCGGAUCAUACAUCGAUCAUUAUUUUAAAUCUCAUCAUUUUGUCAUUUGACACAACGGCUAUAAACGGUAUUUGCAAUUUAUUCAUGAAUAAAUGAUUUAAAAACCA